AUGCCGUUGGAUAACGACGGCGACUUGACUCUAACGGAGCUCAUCUCCUCCCUCCUACACCGUAUCCCCAACCUCCUCAGCUUCAAAUCCAAAUGGUCUUCAAUUCGCGUCAAACUCGCCCAUCUCAACACUCACCUCUCCGUUUUCCCCGCCUCUCCUUCCAACCAGCUCUCCCUGGAUCUUCUCCUCUCCCUUCGAGAAACGCUACUUGCCGCCGUCUCCGUCGCGGCUAGGUGCGAGGGACCAGAUUUAUCUGAGGGAAAGCUCAAGACGCAGAGCGACGUCGACUCAAUCUCAGCGAGACUCGAUCGCCACGUCAAAGACGCUGAGGUUCUGAUCAAAAGCCUUAUUCAGGAUAACGGAACAACCGUUUCGAAGAAGGAAGCUGCGGCGAGGAAUCUGGUCAUCCGAUUGCAGAUCGGCGAACCGGAAUCGAAGAACUCAGCGAUUGAAUCGUUGCUUGAUUUGAUUCAGGGGGAUGAUAAGAACGUGGUGAUCUCCGUAUCGCAAGGAGUUGUUCCCGUUUUGGUUCGGUUGUUAGAUUCGUGUAGUAGUCUGAGUAUGAAGGAGAAGGUUGUUGCCGUGGUUUCGAGAAUCUCGACGGUUGAGGGCAGUAAACACGUGUUGAUAGCUGAGGGUUUGUCUUUACUGAACCAUCUCCUUCGUGUACUGGAUUCAGGAAGUUCGUUCGGUAAAGAGAAGGCUUGUGUUGCUCUGCAAGCUCUGAGUUUGAGUAAGGAGAAUGCUAGAGCGAUUGGCUGUAGAGGAGGUAUUUCGUCUCUUCUUGAAAUCUGCCAAGCUGGGACUCCUGCCUCUCAAGCUUUCGCUGCGGGUGUGUUGAGGAACUUGGCUUUGUUUGCAGAGACGACUAAGGAGAAUUUUGUUGAGGAGAACGCUGUUUUUGUUCUUGUCUCUCUCGGUUGUUCGGGUACGGUUCCUGCUCGAGAGAAUGCUGUAGGGUGUUUGGGUAAUUUAGCAUCUGGGGAUGAGGAUAUGAUGAUGUUGAUUGUUAGAGAAGGAGGGAUUAAGUGUUUGAAGAGUUUCUGGGAUUCUGUUUCCGAUGCUAAGAGCAUUGAAGUAGGGGUUAUGCUUUUAAAGAAUCUAGCCUUGUGUCCUAUUGUAAGAGAAGUUGUUAUCUCGGAAGGGUUUAUCCCACGUUUGGUUCAAGUGUUGAGUUGUGGGGUUCUUGGUGUGAGAAUCGCAGCUGCGGAAGCUGUUUCUGCGCUAGGGUUCUGCUCCAAAAGCAGGAAAGAGAUUGGUGAAAGCGGAGGCAUCGGUGCAUUGAUUGAUAUGUUAGAUGGUAAAGCCAUGGAAGAGAAAGAAGCGGCUUCUAAAGCUCUAUCAACGUUAUUGGUGUGCACAAGCAACAGAAAGAUUUUCAAGAGGAGUGACAAGGGUAUACUCAGUCUUGUUCAGCUCUUGGACCCGAAGAUCAUGAAAUUGGAUAGGAGAUACACAAUCUCUGCGUUGGAACUGCUUGUAACUUCUAAGAAAUGUAGGAAACAAGUCGUUGCUGCUGGUGCUUGCUUGCAUUUGCAAAAGCUUGUGGAGAUGGAUGUUGAAGGAGCUACGAAAUUGGCAGAGAAUCUUGCUCGGAGUAAGAUUUGGGGCGUCUUUGCAAGGCCAUAAGAGACUGGAUACGUUAUUAACUUGUAUGUAAGGAACACUGAUGAAUCUUCUUGUGCCACUUCUCUCUAUAUGUUGUUUGAAUUGAUUGUUCAUAAGGUUUGGUUGAUUGAGUAGGGGAGAGAUUAAUUGCUGAUUAGUUCUGUAGACAAACAAUAAUAUUUUCAUAGAGUUUGUAAUUCUCUGUUUCUAUUUUCCUUCACAAAUUUUGUUCAUUGUCCUAAAACUUCAGCAUCUAGUCCAAAUGUUUGAUUGAUUCAACUGAACCUCGGAAGAGGGUAAUGUUUCUUCAUUAUCUGCAAUCUCAAACUGUUUUGUUGCAUUUUUGAGUUGGAAUCUAUCUGGUGGUAUGUCUUAUCUGACACAUCUCAAAUAAUGUUGGUCGGAAAGCACAUGGCCC